ACGAUGCGUACCUUGAGAGCGUCUCAGCAGGUUACCUAUUUGUCCUUAUGAAAAUAAAGGGAGCGUUGUCCUUGUGAUCUGUGACAGAGAGUUCGCUUUGUAGUCCGGUUCGGAGCUCCAGCGGUGCCGACAUCACAGAGUCCGGUCCAGAGUGUCGCUAUCUCCGGGUAUCAGGAAGUGUUCACGCCGCCUCCUCUGCAUGAUCCCCGGCAUGUGGACCUGCGUUCUCCUUGAAUGACCUACACGCCACGUCCAGCAGAACCCGCGGGUUCGUCUCAUCGGAACACCUGCUGGUCCGGAGCGUUUUAAAGCACACACACGUCACACCGAGUCUCGUGCAAGUUUCAGGCCGACUCUGGAGCAGCUGACCCCGGGCCGAGAAAGCUACUGCGUCAGACAGAAACGACUGGAAGUUCUUAGUCAGGAGUCAAUGUUCGGAUCCGGAUUUUAAUCAACACAAAGGUUUCCUUUCGGACUCUGACAUCGCAUGAUGUACACAAUCACCAGAGGUCCCAGCAAACUGGUUACGCAACGGAGGACAGGUCCCACUCAGCAGGUCGAGAGCAAAUUCAGCGACUUAAAGCUCAAGCCGACGUCUUGGCUCACGGCUAACAGCUCUCCAGCCCCAAAGAUUGUGUUCAACCGUCUGAAUGGGAAGCGUCACAACGGGACAGCCACGCAGAAGACUGAGGGCCCUGCAGAGGGAUUCACUCCUGCACACGAGGAGAACGUCAGAUUUGUGUAUGAAGUAUGGCAGGAGGUGGAGCAGAAGCUGGAGGACAGAGACCGAGGAGAGCCCGCACCGGUCCAGUACACGGAGAAGACUCCCAGUGCUGUCAUGAAAAACUUUGUGCCUAUCGAUCUGGAGGAGUGGUGGGCCCAGCGCUUCCUCGCCAACAUUGCCAACCUGUCCUAAGAGACAGGAAGUCCCGUACCGGCGCUCGUGCUGACGGUGGAAAAGAGGCGGGGCUCGUCUCUGGGAUUCAUCCCGCUGUGCGUAAUUUUGGGAUGUGACUGGAUGCUGUAGAGAAAUCGGAACGCGCGACACAAGCUCAUCCUACUGGAGAGCAGCGGCAGCGACCCGACUGAACUUUGACAGAUUUGGUCCUGCGCUGCGUUUAAGGACAUCUCUGUCCGUGAACGACGUACGAGGAGCUGUCAGACUGGUUUUCUCUCGUCUGUAAUUAAGUGCUCACAGCUUUGGAUGUAAAGCUUAUAAAGAAGUAAAUGUUUUUCAAAAACA